CUCCUGCUCCUCUUCCUCACCGCCACCGCGACCACCAUCAUCCUCUCUGACUCUCUGUCUCCCCAGAUGGUUAUUCUCCAGAGGAAGCUAUGUUAGCAGAGGUUCCAGAGUCCUUGCUGCCCCAGGGCAAGGUGCCUCUGUACGGGGGCAGAGACCACAUCAGCAGCCGCAAGGCUCAGGCCAUGAGACAGGCUAAAGACCGCAAGAGACAGCAGGCCAAGCUUCACUCUGUCAGCAGCCUUGACUACUCAACCCUCGCCCUGGACAAACUGCAGCCGGAGUUUGGACCCUGCAGGAGAAAGCUGGACGGGAUCAUUCAGAGGAUGAAAAACACAUCUAGAGUCCUAGCUCUGUCCCUAUACCUUCCCAACUGUGACAAGAAGGGAUUCUUCAAGCACAAGCAGUGUAAACCAUCACGUGGGCGGAAGCGGGGGAUCUGUUGGUGUGUGGACCGUUUUGGCGUGCAGCUCCCUGGCACUGACUACAGUGGAGUGAACAUCCAGUGCAAAGACCCGGAGAGCAACAGCAACAAAAACGAAUGAGCGAUGGCCAAUUUGGUCACCUGACAUGAGCCAAGGCCCGCCUCCCUUUACCCCUACUCCUGCAAAUCACAUGUACAUGCAAAAUAUGCAAAAGCCAAUCAAAUCAGGAAAGCAGGGCACAGAUACAGUACAUACACAUGGUUUUAAACUAUACAUCCAACUAUACUGAGAUGUCCUAUAACCUCCCUUUAAAGCACAUAUAACAAUGUUCUCUGAUUUAAAAGAUAUUAGAUUCUGUUGAAACAACAUUUUAAGGCUAAAGAGUAAAGCUAAUCUUUUUCACCAAUGUUGUUAUCGUGAUGUUGACAGGAACUCUUUACUGGGGAGCACAGUAAUCUGGGGUCGUAUUUAAACGUAACUCUGUUCUCUUGGUCCAAAUGUUUGUCCCUUCAGAGCACUUCCCUACAAGAGAACCUCAGUGAUUGAAAGUACUUUACUGUCUCAGUUUUGGUCUAUGUCCUUGUAUGUCCUUCUGAGUGUGAUGAGAAGAGCUUUUUUCAGUCCUGCCUUUCUUCCACUUUGUCUCACAGAUUGUUCUGAGUUGAGGGUCUUAAGAACUAGUAACUGCUCGUAUACAGUAGGUUGUUACAGGAGCUAUCUUAAUAAACCCAUCAACUGCUACUUCUGAUGGGUUGUGUCUCAAUAUAGUUUCAUAGGGGUGACUGUUUGAAAUGACUGUGUGUGUGUGCCUCCUAUACUUUCUCCUUUAGUAGUCUGUAUUGUGCCUUACCUUCCGUCAAGUAUAGAAAAAAGAUCACCUCAAAAACACAUCAUGACAGUCAUUUGCUUGUUUUGUCAUUUAUAAAUGACAGCCAAGAAAGUACAGGUGCUUUGAAAAGUCCAACACAGGCUCAAAUCGCAUGCAAAUGUUGCACGCCGUUUCUAUUGACUUGUCGUAGCCUCCUGUCUGACCAUAACACAGUCUUCUGCCUAGGACUCUACUGUAUGACCCCUGGAAAGGUGUGGAUCUUUGGGUUUCUAUGGAAAUCUCAGUGCCUUCUCUCUCAUGACUUUGAAUCCAGAUUUACAUCCAGAUUAUCAGGCCUUGUCGUUGACAGAGGACAUUUUAGCAGUAUGUGGAUGUGGAGAUUGGUUGCUAGAGACCCAUGAGUUGACGAGUGUGAAGAUAUAAGUCUCCACGAUAUAAGGCCGUGAUGAUACUUUUUGAUCCUACGUCCCGUUUGUGAACAUGAUGUUAAAUCAGAUGUCAACUGAUUUUAUUGAAGCUCAAAACAUUUGUCAGAUAUUUUGUUGACAUUCCUUGAAAUAGACAUCCCUUUUUUCAUGGUAUGGUAACAUGCCAAUAGCUUUGACAGGGGCUGUGUGUACAGCCUAUGCCUGCCACUAGAAUGCAUAGGAGACUUGGAAAGGUUUCUCAACUCAGUCUUAAGCUUGCUUGUAUGAAAGACCAUGAAAUCUCAAACAUUCCAUAUUCGUGAUAAAAAAGCAUGUAGGAAACAAAUAGGUAACAAUUUACUCAAAGCCAAAUGGUAUAAUGCUUAAUUGCUGCAAUUUUUUAACAGGCUGAACAUAGCUGUUUGGUCAGGGUCCAUCAGAGACGAUGGUAAAACGUUAUAAGAGGGUCAUACAUGCUUAUGACAAUUCUUACAAUGCAAUACACCUGUUGGCUUUAAGUGAAGUGUUACUAACAAAUCUAUGUGAAUAUAACAGAUAUGUCAUAUUUAUUCACUGUGUAAUUGAUGUAUUUUAACCUUGUCUUUUUUGUAAUGACAAAGCAUUUAUUUAAAUAAAGUUAUGUAUUGAUGUAUGGGAA